UCUAGCUCGAGCCACCUGGCCACUCUGACACCUCCUGAUAACGCAAUUGUAUUGUUUAUAUAGUUUCCAAAGCCGAACGAGAAUGCAAUGUGGCGAUAUCAGUUGCUGAUAAGCACUGGAACCCCGCAACACACAAUCCACAAACGACGAUGACCGCCACCAAGAAGCGCCUGAAGAUCGUAGCAGCCAUCUCGCUGGUCCUUCUGCUCCUGGUCUACCUGUACCGAAUGGCCAGUUAUUCCCCAAGCGGCAAGCCCCCCGUUUCCGUUCCUGGCGGCGAGGAGGUGCAGGCCAAGUGGCCGCCUACGGAGAGUCCACUGCAAAGGAGCCUUCAGAUGGCCUACGAGGAGCAGAGCUCUCUUAUCCGGGAGCAAAAAGCCGAAUUGCAGCGCACAAGGGAGCAUUUGGCCAGAUUGGAGGAGCAAAUACAUAGCCUUCAGAGCAGUACUCCGCGCAAGUAUCCGAAGGUUAAAUACCUGAACUACAAGAAUCGCAAGCGCAUUUUAAUUACCGGAGGAGCGGGCUUCGUUGGCUCCCACCUGGUCGACGAUCUGAUGGUCCAGGGUCACGAGGUCAUCGUGGUGGACAAUUUCUUUACGGGACGCAAGCGAAAUGUCGAACACUGGCUGGGACACGAGAACUUCGAGCUCAUCCACCACGACAUAGUGAAUCCGCUUUUCAUCGAGAUUGAUGAGAUCUACCACUUGGCAUCACCCGCCUCGCCCCCGCACUACAUGUACAAUCCCGUAAAGACCAUCAAGACUAACACCAUGGGCACCAUCAAUGUGCUGGGCCUGGCCAAGCGCGUGAUGGCCAAGGUUCUGAUAGCCAGCACUUCGGAAGUGUACGGCGAUCCCACGGUGCAUCCGCAGCCGGAAACGUACUGGGGCCAUGUAAACCCCAUUGGGCCAAGGGCCUGUUACGACGAGGGAAAGCGUGUCUCGGAGACGCUGAGCUAUGCGUAUUCUAAGCAGGUGCAAGUGCGAGUGGCGCGUAUCUUCAACACAUAUGGACCCAGGAUGCACAUGAACGAUGGACGAGUAGUCUCAAACUUUAUACUCCAGGCGCUGAGGAAUGAAACCAUUACCGUAUAUGGGAAUGGCAAACAAACGCGCUCAUUUCAGUAUGUUUCGGAUCUGGUGGAUGGAAUGAUAGCCCUAAUGGCAUCCAACUACACACAGCCGGUGAAUUUGGGUAAUCCCGUAGAGCAGACAAUCGGCGAAUUUGCCGAAAUCAUAAAGCAACUGGUCGGCGGGCCAAGUGUGAUAAAGCAAUCGAAGGCCAUGGAGGAUGAUCCUCAGCGCAGAAAACCUGACAUAACUCGUGCCCGGCAGUUCCUCCACUGGGAGCCAAAGGUUCCCCUAGAAACUGGACUCCAGCGGACCAUCUCCUACUUCCGCAACGAAUUGGCGCGUAGCGAUCGCUUUCAGGAAAGCUCCAACAAGUACUUUGAUACACAUACACCUUAGCGUUAAGUGGGUCUAGCUCUUAUUGGUGAUGAUGGAACGUCUCUAGUCUGCAAAUGUAAAUAUGACCAUCGUUAGCACUAAUUGUAAGCCCUUAGGACCACGGAAUAACUUUUGUUAUGGUUCAUUUUUUGAAAUUUUGCGAAAUAUCAACCUAUGUAGGGAACUGGGAUAAGGGGUACACAAAUGCGAUCAACGGUAUAGCACUACAUUUUGGUAAUCUAAUUUGAAAUUGUUUAGUUAAUAGAAAAUCCAAAUACGUUA